AUGUGUGCCAACAGCAAGAAGGGCAGAAAGCUCACUGCAUGCUCCCAUGAGGCAGAGCAUAACCACCCUAUCAAAGAAGACCACAGAGCAUAUGCUAUGCACCACAAGCUCUCGCCUGAGGCAAUGGCGCUUGUGGUUAAGCAUCUGGAGAACAAUGAUGAUGUAUUCACCAUUUUCAACAGUUUAAAGAUUAAUGGAUAUACAAACAUUGUUCGCCAUGACAUUGCUAAUAUAAAGCAACAUUUCGGAAAAUUGGAAAAAGGAAAGGAGAUGUUUGACUUUAUCACCACUCUGCAAGAUCUUGACUUCCAUGUCAGAAUGUCUGAGACUGUCAUUAUUGAUGCCACAUAUAAGACAAAUAGUCAUCAAAUGACUUAUGUCAACAUUGUUGGUACUAGCAAUGUGAGUGGAAACCCUCGUACCACUUUAAAGACCUGUCUCCGCGAUGCAGUCUGGCCCGAUGACAACAACAACAACAACAGCAACAGCAGCAACAACACAAAAACAAUACUUCUCCCAGAUGUUUUCAUCACGGACAAUGAAAAAGCAUUGAGAAAAGCUAUUACUCAAGUCUUUUCUGAGUCAAAGCAGUUGUUGUGCUAUAAGCAUAUCAAAGACAGCUUUAAAAAGCAAUUGCUUCUGAUGAUGAAGGGAGAUGAGAGUAGCAAAAAGAGAGACCUGUUGGAUAAGCUGUCAGAAUUCCUUGACCGAAUUGCUUUAAAAUGCAUUACACAUCAAGAAGUAAAAAAGAAAACAAAUAGAUAUCUUGAAUUUGCAAAGAAAAAUUGCAAAGACCAGGGAAAAGCUGCUGGUGCUUUUUUUGAGAAAAAAAUGAAAGACAAGGAAAACUGGGUGAACAUGUAUGUUUACAAACAUGCCCAUUUUGGCAAUUGCACGUCGAACCAUGCAGAAAGUGCCCAUGCUUCUCUCAAGCAUUCUCUUGGUACUUCCUUGGGUAAACUGAAGACAGUUACCCUUAAAGUAAAAAAGUGGUAUGACAAGUUGGUUGCAGAUCGCAAGCAUUGGCUAAUGGUGAAAAGCCUUGGAGAAGGAACAAAAAUUGUGUUUGAUAAAGUCAAUGCUGCCAGACUAAAUGACAUCCGUCUUAAAUCAAAGCGUGCAAAUGCCUUAUACAAUAUAACUACCUGCUUCCUUGUUACCACACACUUGCCAAAUUCGAUAUCAUCCCAAUCUCCUGCAUCCCAAGACGCUAGAGAAAAAACUAUCUAG